UUUGAUAAGCAACGAUUUUGUCUAGGAAUCGCUGAUUCGCUGGAACGAUGGGAGAAACAAGGUCUGAUUGCCACGGAAACUCUGAAGGAGGGUGAAGAUGAAUGGAAAAGCGGUUCACUACAGAAAACAAACACUGAGAAAUCGCGAAGAGAAUCGAUGCGGCGAUCCGAUCAGUCUUGGCUGAAACAGUCUCAAGCAAGGCGUCAAAUGGGUGACAUCUACGCAUUUGGUAUGGUAAUGUAUGAGAUUCUCUUCCGAGCGCUGCCAUUCCCAAGCACUGCUGACAUUGAUGAGAUUCUCGACUACAUACGGGACGGCAAGCGGUCCUACCGUCCCACGAUUCAGGACAAAACAGAGAUCCAUCCUGAUCUCACCGCGUUGCUCCUCGAUUGCUGGCACGAGAAUCCCGAAAUGAGACCGUCGAUUCGACGAGUUCGACUCAAUACUGAGAGCUAUCUGAAAGUCGAUAUUGUUGGAUUUACCACUAUAUGUUCCUCAUCCUCACCUCUGGAAGUCGUCAAUAUGCUCAACGGAAUUUACACGAAGUUUGAUGACGUCAUCAAUAAAAACCAAUCGUAUAAGGUGGAGACAAUCGGUGAUGCGUAUAUGGUUGUCUCCGGCAUCCCAGAAGAAAACGGUACCAGACAUAUCAUGCACAUUUCCGACAUUGCUCUCGGAAUCAUAGAGGUUCUCAAAACAUACGAGGUUCCACAUCGUCGCUCUACACGUCUGCGCAUUCGUGUCGGCUACCAUUGUGGCCCCGUGGCGGCCGGUGUCGUUGGCCUAACGGCUCCCAGAUAUUGUCUUUUUGGUGAUACGGUGAAUAUGGCAUCUCGAAUGGAAUCGACAGGCGAACCAGAAAAGAUCCAGUUAUCGGAGCCCGCUCAUGACAUGCUGGCUAGAUACUAUCCAGAGUAUCAAACUGAGCUCAGAGGAACAGUUGAAGUGAAGGUUAGCUCCAUGAUGACCGUAGUGAUCACUCGAGAUUUUUCAAUCAAUUGUGGACCUCUGAAGUGCCAGCAGGCACGCGGCUUCUUCUAG